AUGGUGACGAACGAAAACCGGUUCACAAUAUCGGCAGGGCUGGAGCUCGGGUCAAAGAACCGGUACACGAACAUCUGGCCAUUCGACGGCAACCGGAAGCGCGCAGCCAGCGACUACGUCAACGCCAGCUACAUAUCGUACUUUGACGGGCCGCUGUACAUUGCCACGCAGGGGCCGUUGCCCGACACAGUCAAUGAUUUCUGGAAGAUGGUGUGGGAGCACCACUCGCGCGUGAUCGUGAUGCUGACCAAGGAGUUUGAGGGCAACCGGGCCAAAUGCCACCACUACUGGCCAAAGACGGUCGGGGAGACAGUGACGUAUGAUGAUAUCAUGGUUACGUGGGAGGCGGAGGCGGAGCACCCGGACGACUCCAGCGUGGUGGCUAGGCGGUUCGCGGUCAGCAGGCCGGGCGAGUCCUCGGGGGCGACGGUGCAUGUGACGCAUCUCCAGUACGUCGGCUGGCCCGACCACGGCGUGCCCGACAACCCGCUGGGCGUGCUGCGGCUGCGGCAACUGGCGCGACGCGCGCAGGCCGAGAGCGAGCGUCAGGCCGAUUCGGCUCCAGUAGUGCCGAUGAUCGUCCACUGCAGCGCCGGGUGCGGGCGCACCGGAGCCUUCUGCGUCAUCGACACGAUCCUGGCCAUGCAGGAGACGGACUUGGGACCGGAAAAGAUCGAGCGUUCGGCCUGCCACCAGUCGCUGGAAUCGUGGACGGACGAGCCGCCGUCGGAGUUUCGGCAGGACCUCGUGUUCAUGGUGGUGAUGCGGUUCCGCGAGCUGCGGGUGACGAUGGUGCAGACGAACCGGCAGUUUGUGUUCUGCCACGAGGCACUG